GCUCAGCGAGUCAACUGACUACGCCAAAUGAGAGAGCCGGUCCGUGGAAAGCAGAUAUCAAGUCUCCUACGAGCUCUGGCCUUGCAUUCCAUACUAUCCUUCUGCUCUUUGCCCAGAUAAGAAAAGAGAAAGAUUCUCUGAACAAGAUCCUCUUUCUUCGCCAACCGACAUCCUCAUCCUCAUCUUCAUCUACCUUUCUUUGCCGUGAAAACCAAAAGAUGCCGGGCACUGAUCCCUCCAACCCAGGCCGUGACACUUCGGCCGAGGCCGGCGAAAGCUCCUCGUUGGCCUCUUCCGUACCUCCAGUGCCUGAGGAGGAUCCGACGGGUGUCCCGCGGUACCUGAAGCUCGACCCUGAACUCUUACCGUCGGAUUCCUCCUGGUCCAACGAUCCAAAACUCAUGAACUUGGAGACGUACUUCUCCCUCAACCCAGCGGUUCCUAGCCUCGCCGAGAGCUUUAACCUUGACAAUCUCAUCCCUAUCAUGGUAAAGGUCGAUUACGACCGCGGCGACACCUAUCUCCUAACCGUCUAUAGGACGGACAACUUCUACCUUUGGAACGAGAUAGACACCGCCAUGUGGGCCUUCAGGAAGCCUAAGAAUAGGUCGCUGAAGCUCGAGGAUGUGGUUGAAUUGGUCAGUACUGAAACCUACGGCGGCCAGGAUCUGAUUCGACAGUACAGAAGCAGGCAGGGCAGCUGGGGACAAGGCUAGUCCGCAAGACUGGAAACCGGGAGUGCUUCUUUGAGGUGAUGAAUACCUUCUCUGAGGCCUUGGGAAGGCUCGAGAGCCUAUUACCAAGACCUUUAGACAAUGUAAUAGCUUGCUUUAUUCAGUCUUUACUAUUCUUAUUUGAUUUAAGUAACGGCUUUAUCAUGCCUUGCAGAUGAUUGGUGUG